AUGAGGAAACCUUUAAACUGAGGAGGAAACACGGCGGUAGAAAACUACAGCAAUUGCGUUUUUUUCCCCAGUUAAACCAAAACGUCAUGUGAGGCAGAGAAUAGAAAGAGUUCGUCUGGAGUUUUAGCAAGAUGUUAGAGGGACAGACUUUCAGAAAAUAUGUCAGUACUGACGGGGAGGAAAUAAUGGAGCAACCACGGAACUUACAUUGACAGCGAACGUGAAUGUUGCGUCUCUGGUUUAGCUCGCUAACGACGAGCUGUGUUUGAAGUUCAGAGACCGACCGACCGACCGACCGAGAGACCGACCGAGCUGUGUUGGAACAGGAGCAGCCCCCGCACCUCACAGGGCAACGGGCAGAGUAAACUGAUUGGAUGUUGGAUCUUAGCAUCUAGUGGCCUGUAUUAUGCUGACAGACAUGGACACACCCACCUCCAGUCCAACAGCACAUCACAAUUGCCAACUUGACCCAUUGGCUGAACUCGAGCCCAAGCAGGACAAGGACACCAUUUGCCUCACUCUCCACCUGUACUAUCAAGGGAAGGGUGGUGAAGGGGAUGAGGUCAACAGUUCAGAAAGAGCCCUCACGUUUCCAGCUGGGGAGUAUGUAGCAGAGGAACUAUGCAUCAGUGCGGCGAAAGCAUGUGGGAUUGCUCCACUGUAUUGCAGCUUGUUCAGCCUGAUGAGGGAGAGUGACCGAAUAUGGUUCCCUCCAAAUCACAUCUUUAAACUGGACCAGCCAGCCAGUGAGAAGCUGCAUUUCAGAAUCAGAUACUAUUUUCCUGGCUGGUAUAACAGUAGCAAUUCGAUGUAUGCCCACCGCUGUGGCAUGACCAAAGGGAGGGAAAGCCCUGUGAUGGAUGAUUGUGUCAUGGCUUACCAAUUUUUCCAGUGGCGCAGUGACUUCCUGAAUGGAUUGGUUCAUAUUCCAGUGAGUCAUGAAGCCCAGGAGGAAUGUCUGGGCAUGGCGGUGCUGGACAUGAUGAGGCUCGCCAAAGAGAGUGGUCAGUCACCAGUGGACAUCUGCAGUGUUACCAGCUAUAAGUCCUUCUUGCCAAGAUGCAUGCAAAACCGCAUCCGGGAAUAUAACAUCUUGACUCGGAAAAGGAUCCGCUACCGCUUCCGGAGAUUCAUCCAGCAGUUCACCGAAUGCAAAGCCACAGUGUGUAACCUCAAGCUCAAAUACCUGAUGAGCCUGGAGAUGCUGCUGCCCAGUCUCUAUUCCGAGCGCUUCCAAGUCACUGACCUCUCGGCACGGGAGGUUACCAUCGUCGUCAUGGGCAACAGGGGCAUCCAGUGGUCAAGAGGGAAAAAGGAGGCGGGGGCAGAGGAGGAGCUGCAGACAUACUGUGACUUCCCAGAGGUGAUUGACAUCAGCAUCAAGCAGGCAAACAAGGAAGGAUCUGUGGAGAGUCGCGUAGUAACUCUGACCAACCAGCACAACAAGAUCCUGGAACUGGAAUUUCAUUCGCUCUCGGAGGCCUUGUCAUUCGUGUCAUUAGUUGAUGGGUAUUACAGGCUUGUUGCAGAUGCGCAUCAUUACCUGUGUAAAGAAGUAGCUCCACCCAGACUCCUGCGGUGCAUUCAGAGCUACUGCCACGGACCUGUGUCGAUGGAGUUCACAAUUGGCAAGCUGCGUCGCUCUGGUAACCACCAAGGCCUGUACAUCCUCCGCUGCAGCCCCAGGGACUACGACAAGUACUUCAUGUCUUUUGUGGUCGGACGUGAAGCCGUAGUGGACUACAAACACUGUCAGAUUGUGAAGACGGAGGCGGGAGAGUACAUUCUGAGCGGUGCCAAAAGGAGCUUCGGCUCACUAAGGGAACUUCUGCACUGCUACCAGAAGGAGGCGCUCCGCACUGAUGGAUACACAUUCCAGUUGAUCAGGUGCUGUCCCCCCACCUCCAAAGAUAAAUCGAACCUGCUGGUGUUCAGAAACAAUCAAGGGGAAGAGGUUCCGCUGUCCCCCUCGCUCCACAAACACAACAUCAGCCAGAUGGUCUUCCACAAGAUCCGAAAAGAGGACCUCGUCAUCAAUGAGAGUUUGGGCCAAGGAACAUUCACCAAGAUCUUCUGCGGGGUGAGGAAGGAGCUGGGAGACUACGGCGAAAUACACCAAAUAGACGUCGUUAUUAAGAUCCUGGACAAGGCUCACCGCAACUAUUCAGAGUCUUUCUAUGAAGCAGCCAGCAUGAUGAGCCAGCACUCGCACAAACACUUACUUCUCAACUAUGGCGUGUGUGUGUGUGGCGAUGACAACAUGAUGGUGCAGGAGUACGGUAAAUUUGGGUCGCUGGACACCUACCUGAAAAAGAAUAAAAGCUGUGUUAACAUCACCUGGAAGCUGGAAGUGGCGAAGCAGCUAGCCUGGGCAAUGCACUAUCUGGAGAAUAAGAACCUCAUUCAUGGAAAUGUUUGUGCUAAGAAUGUUCUUUUGAUCAGAGAGGAGGAUCGGAUGACGGGCAGUCUGCCCUUCAUCAAACUCAGUGACCCGGGUAUCAGCAUCACCGUGCUGCCUAGAGAAGUUCUGAUGGAGCGUAUCCCAUGGGUGCCACCUGAGUGCAUUGAAAACGCCCAAAACUUGAGUUUAGCCACAGACAAGUGGGGCUUUGGGACCACCCUUUGGGAGAUCUGCAGUGGUGGAGACAAACCUCUCAGCACCUUGGACUGCUCCAAGAAGAACUUGUUCUACGAGGACCGCCAUCAGCUGCCUGCUCCUAAAUGGACAGAGCUGGCAAAUCUUAUUAACAGCUGUAUGGACUACGAGCCCUCACACCGACCCUCCUUCAGAUCAGUGAUCAGAGAUCUUAACAGCCUCUUCACACCGGACUAUGAGCUGCUGGUCGAGAGUGAUAUGGUGCCCAACAGGUCGAGAGGCUCUGGCUUUCCAUGGGCCUCAGAGAGCCAGGAGCCGGCCCAGUUUGAGGAGCGCCACCUCAUCUUUCUCAAGCAGCUGGGAAAAGGGAACUUUGGCAGUGUGGAGAUGUGCAGAUACGACCCUUUGCAGGACAGCACUGGGGAGGUGGUGGCGGUGAAGAAGCUGCAGCACAGUACAGCUGAGCACCUCCGGGACUUUGAGCGGGAAAUCGAGAUCCUCAAAUCCCUCCACCAUGAAAACAUCGUCCAAUACAAAGGAGUCUGCUACAGUGCAGGACGAAGGAACUUGCGACUGAUCAUGGAGUAUCUCCCCUACGGCAGCCUCAGAGAUUAUCUCAUCAAACACAAGGACCGCUUUGAUUCCAAGAAGCUGCUGCACUAUGCAUCACAGAUUUGCAAGGGAAUGGACUACCUAGCAGUAAAGCGAUACAUCCACAGAGAUCUGGCCACUCGAAACAUCCUAGUGGAGAGCGAGACGAGGGUGAAAAUUGGAGAUUUUGGACUAACCAAAGUGCUGCCCCAGGACAAAGAGUACUACACAGUGAGAGAGCCUGGGGAGAGCCCAAUCUUCUGGUAUGCGCCGGAAUCUCUGACAGAGAGCAAGUUCUCUGUGGCUUCAGAUGUUUGGAGUUUUGGUGUUGUCCUCUUUGAACUCUUCACUUACAGCGACAAGAACUGCAGCCCACCAGCGGUGUUUAUGAACAAGAUGGGAAAUGAAAAACAGGGUCAGAUGAUUGUAUACCAUCUGAUCGACCUGCUCAAACAGGGAUACAGACUCCCUGCUCCAGAUAACUGUCCAAAGGAGAUUACCAACAUGAUGACAGAGUGCUGGAACAGUGAACCCAUUCUGCGCCCUACUUUUAAGACAUUAACCGUCAGUGUGGAGACUGUACGAGAAAGCAUGAGCGACAUUGAUCCCUGAAACUUUGACCUUGGGGGGGGGG